AAACAGUUAAAAAAAAAAAUGUCAAACGAAAAGACAAUGUUGAAGGUCUCCUGGGCCUAUAUGCUAAAGCAAGAAGACUUGGUAACAUAUCUUACUGAAUUCAAUCUUGAUCCAGUUGGAAAAGUGGACGAUCUCCGAAAAAGAUGGGCUAAAUUUCUCCACAACGACCAUGAAGCCGAUGUAUACAGACGGCUUAUAGAGUUGCAGAACAAACAUGAAAGUACCAGUCCGACCAAAUCGCCGACAUUGCGAGCCGUCACAAAACAACCCCUUAUAACCGUAACACCGUGUGGAGCAGAAGCAAUAGUAUUAUCCCCAAUAAAAACAGAGUACGCCCUUCCCCACAUUUCCGCGGAAAGGUCACAUGGAGAGUCAAGCACAGGGGUAACAAACGAUCAAAAAGUACAGAAGAUGUCGCCAACAAACCCCGAAUAUGGAUUUCAAAAAGAUUCUCCGCCCAAGCCAUCCAAUAAUUCGUCGUUACUCGUAAUUCUCGACCAAAUCCGAAAAUGGAAUAUUACUUUUGAAAAUGGUAUGGACCCUAUUGGAUUCGUAGAACGUGUAGAAGAAAUGGCUGAAAUGUACAUCGUGGAAUUGAAUCAAAUAAUUAAAGUAAUGCCAGAGUUGUUACGAGGUAAAGCUUUAAUCUGGCUAAGGAACAACAACCGACACUGGACUACCUGGAACGAAUUUAAGAGUGAUUUUCUGAAAUUCUUUUUGCCACCGAGAUACUUUGAGAAAUUGGAGGAUGAAAUUAGGAGAAGGAUACAGCGUAAUAAGGAGCCGUUUAAGGAAUAUGUACUCUCUAUACAGCAUCUUAUGCAGCACACCAAUAUGACCGAAGAACAAAAAUUGGAACGAAUUUUUAGAAACGCGCAUUCGGAUUAUCAAUGGUACAUUCGCCGUAAAGACUUUACCACACUUUCGGAAUUGAUCUCCUUGGCAGACGAACUCGAAAGCAUACCAAAUAAUUCUCGGUCAGAACAGCCUCGAAAUCAACAAAACUAUAAUCGACGUGCGGACAACUCUAGAAAUAACCUGUAUUGCACCAAUCAAGGUGACCAAGUGCUAAACGAAAGCUCAUCCAAUCCAGAAACGCAGCAGGAUGAACCCCCGGCAAAGAAGAGUAACCAGAAUAGUACAUCAUUGCAAUGUGAAGAAUAUCGCCUUACUGCAACUGUCUUAAUAGAGGGGAAAGCUAUUAAAGCAACUGUCGACACUGGUGCCACUAGCUGUUUUAUAAAAAGAGAAUUUGCGGAAAAAAUCAAGAAAAGGUUUACUUAUUCACGGCAUGAGGCAAAUGUUAUCCUCGCAGACGGCACCACGGUGAACAUCACAAGAUCAACAGUGUUACCUGUUACAUUUGGAAACCAAAGCUCAGAUGUUACAUUUCUCAUCAUGCCGCAAUUCAAGGAAAACAUCAUAUUGGGAUUGGAAUUUCUAAAACAGUUCCACACGACCAUUCACUGCGCCGGUAUAAGUGUCAAAUUAAGUAAGCCAACCACAUCAACGGAGCAUUGUACCGUGGCUAUAGGAGAGGAAACCCCAUCAAAAGAGACAUUAAAUUGACAAUACCCAAACUAAUCAGUGUCCUAAUAUAAGCCCAUACUUCAAAGACCAUCGCAAUUCUCAAAAUUUCAACAUCACGAUGGAGCAAGAUAGCCCCAACACGAAAAAAUUCAAACGGGCGAAGGAGAAAUUUCGAGCUCAUCUGGAACAAGUCGAGGCUCAAAGGCGAAGGACAAUAUUUUUAGACGAAGGUCCUAGUACCAGCCGAAAGAGGAGAACAAAUCAAUACCGUAAGCCCAAAACAAGAUGGCAAGCAGUACCGCAUAAUAAUAUCAGCAGACGGGGUAGUGAAGGUAUCUCUCCGAACUUCUGCAAUUGGUCUCUAACAUACCUUCCUAUUCGACCGAGAUAUAGUCGAACAAAAGUGCCCAUGUCGGAGAAAUAAAAGGUUACAUAACACCCUAGGGCUUCCUGGCUAUUGAAACCCAAUAGCAAUAGAGAAAGCAAAUCAAGGAAUCAAAAAUCAGAGGGAGGAAGAGAUGCCAUGUAACGCCCAAAAGUCAUGCUUUCGUUUUUGGGGUACAUUAUUAUUUUAAAUACCAUUUUUACUCACGUCCCCUAGUAGAAAGAAGUAUACUUAAAAUACAACAUUGGAACCCCUGGUGGCAAAUGGCGGAACUACGCAAAACUGUCAGAUUGGGAUCAGCUGCUGUCAUGAGAAAACAACAAUCGUUGUCCAGCCAAAAAGGUAUAAAAGGAGACGCAUUUCACACAAUCGGGAUCAGUCUUCUGUUGAUGGCUGGUAAGUCAAGUGUGAUUGGGAGGAAGAAAAGGCGCGCAACCUCGGUUGAAUUGAGUCUUAGUAAGCCAAACAAUAAGCCUUGACUAUUUGUGGGGACUGGACUGGACUGAACGCAGGGUCAAGUGAGGGUUGUAGAAAUACUCCCUAUUCUUCGGGCUGCGUUGACGGCGACUGAACGCAGGGUCAAGUGAGGGUUGUAGCAAUACUCCCUAUUCUUCGGGCUGCGUUGACGGCGACUGAACGCAGGGUCAAGUGAGGGUUGUAGCAAUACUCCCUAUUCUUCGGGCUGCGUUGACGGCGACUGAACGCAGGGUCAAGUGAGGGUUGUAGCAAUACUCCCUAUUCUUCGGGCUGCGUUGACGGCGACUGAACGCAGGGUCAAGUGAGGGUUGUAGCAAUACUCCCUAUUCUUCGGGCUGCGUUGACGGCGACUGAACGCAGGGUCAAGUGAGGGUUGUAGCAAUACUCCCUAUUCUUCGGGCUGCGUUGACGGCGACUGAACGCAGGGUCAAGUGAGGGUUGUAGCAAUACUCCCUAUUCUUCGGGCUGCGUUGACGGCGACUGAACGCAGGGUCAAGUGAGGGUUGUAGCAAUACUCCCUAUUCUUCGGGCUGCGUUGACGGCGACUGAACGCAGGGUCAAGUGAGGGCUGUAGCAAUACUCCCUAUUCUUCGGGCUGCGUUGACGGCGACUGACGUACUCAUCGGGCUGCUGCUGUGCCAAAGCUGCCGCCACCCGAUUCGGCGUGCGCGUAUUCAUCAGGCCGCCGCUGUGCCAAGCUGCCGCCACUACUACUCGCCGCUGACGUAUUCAUCGGGCCGCCGCUGUGCCAAAGCCGCCGCCACCCUAUUCGCCGCUCGCCUAUUCAUCGGGCCGCCGCUGUGCCAAAGCCGCCGCCACCCUAUUCGCCGCUCGCCUAUUCAUCGGGCCGCCGCUGUGCCAAAGCCGCCGCCACCCUAUUCGCCGCUCGCCUAUUCAUCGGGCCGCCGCUGUGCCAAGCUGCCGCCACUACUACUCGCCGCUGACGUAAUCAUCGGGCCGCCGCUGUGCCAAAGCCGCCGCCACCCUAUUCGCCGCUCGCCUAUUCAUCGGGCCGCCGCUGUGCCAAGCUGCCGCCACUCUAUUCGUCGCUCGCCUAUUCAUCGGGCCGCCGCUGUGCCAAAGCCGCCGCCACCCUAUUCGUCGCUCGCCUAUUCAUCGGGCCGCCGCUGUGCCAAGCUGCCGCCACUACUAUUCGUCGCUCGCCUAUUCAUCGGGCCGCCGCUGUGCCAAGCUGCCGCCACUCUAUUCGUCGCUCGCCUAUUCAUCGGGCCGCCGCUGUGCCAAGCUGCCGCCACUACUACUCGCCGCUGACGUAUUCAUCGGGCCGCCGCUGUGCCAAAGCCGCCGCCACCCUAUUCGCCGCUCGCCUAUUCAUCGGGCCGCCGCUGUGCCAAGCUGCCGCCACUCUAUUCGUCGCUCGCCUAUUCAUCGGGCCGCCGCUGUGCCAAGCUGCCGCCACUCUAUUCGUCGCUCGCCUAUUCAUCGGGCCGCCGCUGUGCCAAGCUGCCACCACUGCUACCCGUUUAUUAACAUUUCGACUGAACUUUGUGAUUUAGUGUUCUUCGUAAAACGUUCUGAACGUGAUUUUAUUGUGUUUAGUGUAGUGUUUAGUGUUAUUUAAGGAAAUAAAUUUAUAACGUUUUAAGAAAAUAUUUUUGCUUCGCUCUCUCUCUCUUUAUGUCCUAACAAAUAAAUUUUUGUGACGACUCUGGCCCCCGCUGAACCUACCCCAGCUUCAAAGUGAAAACACG